AUGGCCAGGCAGCAGUUACAAUACGCAUGCCUCAGCUACUGUUGGGGGUCCGAUUUGCCGCUGACCACAACUUCCAGUACACUGUCGAAGUACAAAUCGGAGUUACCAGAACACAAGAUGCCACAGAUUUUUCAGGACGCAAUUGCCGUGUCCCACGGGCUUGGUAUGCAGUAUCUCUGGAUCGACGCCCUUUGCAUCCUCCAAGAUGUACGUGAGGACUGGGAAAGGGAGGCCCUCAUGAUGUCCGACGUUUUUUAUCAUUCCUUCAUCACCAUCGGUGCAGCAACCGCGAGGAGCUGCCAUGAUAGCAUUUUCACUCCGAGAGAAGAUCUCUCUUGUACCUUGAGCUUUCAGUCCUCGCUCUCAAAGGAGGUCGUCGGGUCAUACUGCAUUUAUCUCUCUAAAAUGUCGCGGGAAGACCCCUCUGACAUCGACUUGUCCAAUUCUAUCUGGACAAGCCGAGGCUGGGUCUGGCAAGAGCAGAUCAUGGCACAGAGGCUUCUUGUAUUUGGUAAAAAUAUGGUACAUCUGAAAUGCCACAAUUGCAUCUAUUCUGAGGAUGGAACUGUGGAUGAGGUGUCCUCGAGCUAUAUCCUCAGGGCGUCGAGAUUUCAGACUUCAUAUAUCUCACCUGGUGAUUGGAAUAUGUGGAUGAUGGAUUUCAGCGGCAGGCAGUUCACUUUUCCCAGCGAAAAGCUGGCCUCUGUUUCCGGUCUCGCUCUAGCAUUCGAAAGAGUAAUGGCUACGCAAGGCCAACCCUCGGAGUAUCUUGCGGGACAUUGGCGGAAUGAAUACUUUGAUGGCAGCCUGCAAUGGGCUAUUAAGCCAGGGAAUAAGGUUCCCUUCCACAACAUGAUGAAGGAUCUACAUGACCCCGAAAAAUACUGCGCGCCGUCAUGGAGCUGGGCGUCAAGGAAUCAAGGCCGGCUUAUCACGCUGCCCAUGUGGCCCAAUCAGAGGAAAACAAUGGCGGACUUCGAGUUUAUAUCAAACAAUCUGGUUGCUGCGAAGUCAAACGUCCGAGUUAGAACGAGACCAGGUUCGUCUAUCACGCUCCGAGGAAGGGUCCUCCCAUUCGCUUAUCCUCCAACUGAGAGCAUUGGGCACUAUAAUAUACCCGGUUUUUUAUACCGCUCUCCGGGGUGGGAAGCCCCUGUUCCUGGAGGGACGAUUUAUUAUUUCCUGGAUUGGAACCCCCUGCUAGACGAUACCUCGUGGGAGGAACUCAAGCUAUCUCUGCGGCUUUUCCUUUUGACCGACGUCGGUAUGGGGCUCAUUUUGUUAUCAGAAACAAAAUAUCAGCCAGGAUUUCUGCGGGUGGGCGCGUUGCUAUUCAUGUCCUCGAACGGAGGCAUGUCCUCGAGCCCCAGCAUGAAAAGUCUAAGUUGGUCGAGAAGUAGCUGGAUUUACGAUAACUUAAGAUCCGACUUUCUUCAAACUGGCUGGAAUGUAGAAAAUGUGGUGCUUUACUAA